AUGGUACGCAACGCCCGACAGAGUCAUCAGGCCCAGCCUGUGGUUACCGGGCGUGACUCGUGGCUGGAUCCUAUGCAUGUGAGGACCUCAUCCAUGAAUAUCGAUGAUUAUGAAGCUUCUUCCUUGAUGGAUCGAAGUGUGAUUGAACCAGAGGCCCUUGCAGGAGGUAACCGAGAACUCCUGGUCAUCUGUGAAGCAGAACAGCGUGACGGUGUGGUUGCAGCAAACAGACUGAGAUCCUGUGGAGCGGAGGCAUCCAUCUGCCUGGACAUCGUGUGGUGUAACAGUGUUUGCCCGGGUGACAACACAGGGUCGGCUCCUGUUGUCAUGGGAAAGGACCUACAAACUCCCGGGGAUCUUAUCAUAUAUUCUCUGGAAGACCUUAAAGGAUGUGACUUUAAGAGAUUCAGGAACAAAUUGUCUGAUUUCACCUAUGGAGAUAAAAGUCCCAUCCCCCGAGGAAGACUGGAACAUGCAGACUGGAUCACCACCAAGGACAUCCUGAUAGACGCAUACGGAGAAGAAGGGGCUCUGGAUGUCACAAUUAAAGUCUUUACACUGAUCAGUCUGUUGGGACCCGCAAAUGACCUCCAGGAGGGGAGAGCACAAAAUGCCAAACUGAAGAAGAUGACGUAUGACAACAGGUUAUCAGACCUAGGAAAGGAAUACAGAGGGUCUGUGAAAGAGAUCUUUCAGAGGAUUCCAGAAUAUAAUUCCCGUAUGGGGGAGGCUGUUCAUCUAAAGAAAAGAUUCAUCGACUUAUUGAUGAGAAAAGGGCGUCAGAAUAAAGAAGAACAAGAACAAGAAAUAAGGAGUUCAUGCAUAAGUCAUUUACAGACCAUGGAGAAAAGAUCCCCAACCACAACCCAGGCCCUCUUUGACCCUGAUGAAGACAGUUUCAUCCCAAAGAUUGUUGUGUUACAAGGACCUGCUGGGAUUGGAAAAACAAUGACCUCCAAGAAGAUCAUGCUGGACUGGGCCUCUGAGGAUCUCUACCAAGACCAGUUUGACUUUGUGUUUUAUCUGAGCUGUAGAGAAAUCAACACCAUCCCUGGAAACAUAAGUCUUGUGGGACUUUUAUCCAGAACCUGCAGACUGAGUUCAGGUGACCUGGUGUCUAUUCUGGAGGAUCCUGGAAGUCAGAGAAAACUUCUCAUCAUAGUUGAUGGGUUUGAUGAACUGAGGUGGACUCUGGAGGAGGAAUCUGAGGGUUGUCCUGACAUUUCUAUGGAAACCCACAAAGAAAUAAUUCUCCAAAGCUUGCUCAGGAGACAGGUUCUCCCAGAAACUUCUCUGAUCAUCACCACAAGAUCACUGGCCAUAAAGAAGCUUAACACAUUCAUUGAUGAUUCUCGCAAUGUGGAAAUCCAGGGAUUUACAAGGCACAAUAGAGAGGAAUAUGUCCAUAAAUUCUUUGGAAAUAAAGAAGAUGCAGACAAGGUUCUCGGUAUAAUAAAAGACAAUGAUGUCCUGUACACCAUGUGUGCCGUCCCCAUCAUAUGCUGGAUUGUCUGCACUGUAAUGAAACAAGAAAUUAAAAAAGAUUUGGGUUUAAUUCGGUGCGAUACAAUGGCUUCAAUUUACCUUCUCUACCUGGAGGUUUUACUAACCCAUCACAGCAAGAAGCAGUCUGUACGCAGGAAACAAACCUGUCUGAAGAAGCUGUGUGCUCUGGCCAAUCAGGGAGUUCUGAACCAACAAAUCUUAUUUGAGAAGAAAGAUCUAGAAAGACAUGGACUUUCUCUGGAUGAGGUGGAGUCUGUAUUUCUGAAUGAGAACAUCUUUCAUUGGGAGGUCCGCACCCAGACCUGCUACAGCUUCAUCCACCUGAGUGUACAGGAGUUCCUUGCUGCUCUCUAUUACGGGAUGGAUGAUGGGUCUGGGUCUAUGGAAGGGACUUUCCUCCCGGAGAUCUGUAAAGGUAAAUCACUCAGUGGCUUCAGUACAGAUUACUCACAUUUAUUCUUAGCCGUACAAUUCCUGUUUGGUCUCUUAAAUGAAAAUCAGAUGAAGACAUUCUCAGAGAGCACAGGAAUCAACAUCUCAUUCCGAGCCAGAUCUGCCAUGAAAGAAUGGGCCAUGAAGGACAUCGAUGAGGCUUUCUGUACUCAUGCCAUCUUCUGUCUGUAUGAGACUCAGGAUGAGGACUUCAUUAGGAAAGUCAUGUCUGGUUGUACAAGUUUGACUCUUUACGGCUCACGUACUGAUCACUUGUGGAUGGACAGAAAUUACUUGAAGCAGCUGAGCUAUUGCUUGAAGGCUUUGAAGAGUGAAAGCUUUAAAUCUUUACAUUUUUCAUCAAUCAUUGUUGGUCCAAAGUGCCAGAAAAAGCUAUUUCCAUUACUACACAGGUGUGAAGAUGUCAGAGCCCUCACCAAUGCGGUCCAGAAACUGCAGGAAGGCUAUGCCCAGAUUGACGGUCAUCUCCAGCAACCUUCAGGGUCACCUGCACCAACAGCCGCAGCUCCUGCACCCACCAGCGGGGCCGCCUCUUCUCAACCUGCAUCAAGCCCCAUGCUAACGGAAAAGGAAAUUCAUCUACCAGCACUGGCCCAAGAACUACACAUCCCCCUGCAGAUCAAAGAUCAAAGCCUCCAAGUCUACCUGGCUGAUGGGUCUCUUCCUCGUUCUGGACUUUUCACACAACAAACAAGGCCCAUCCUUGGCACUACGGACUCAGGCCACCAGGAGCUUCUAAGCUUCGACAUCAUCUUCUCCCCAUGUUUCCCAUCAUCUUGGGGCUCCCCUGGCUACAGGCACAUGAACCUUGCAUCAAUUGGAACAAGAAGGACGUCUCCUUAUCCUCUCCAUACUGUUCCCAGCAUUGCCUUCCUCCAGCUCUCUUUGUGGAGAAAAAAGAUGGUUCCCUAA